UUCCAGGACACCGGAGGGGUGGGCGGGACCGUAGCAAACGCAAACAUGGCGGCGUCCUUAGAUGAUGAUUUUGAGUUUGACAACCAGGACUACUACUCUCUACUCAACGUCAGGAAAGAGGCUACAUUGGAAGAGCUCAAGGCAUCAUAUCGGAGGCUGUGUAUGCUCUACCAUCCUGACAAACAUCGAGACCCAGAGCUGAAAAGUCAGGCUGAACAGCUUUUCAACCAGGUGCACCAGGCAUAUGAAGUGCUGAGUGAUGCUCACUCCAGAGCCAUCUAUGACAUCUUUGGGAAGAAAGGGUUGGAGGUGGAAGGCUGGGAGGUGGUGGAGAGGAAGAGAACUCCAGCAGAAAUUCGAGAGGAGUACGAAAGGCUGCAGAGAGAAAGAGAAGAGAGGAGACUGCAGCAAAGAACUAACCCCAAGGGAACCAUCAGCGUGGGCGUGGAUGCAACAGACCUGUUUGACCGCUAUGAUGAGGACUUUGAAGAGAUGCCAGGAGGAGGAUUUCCUCAUAUUGAAAUUAACAAGAUGCACAUUUCCCAGUCCAUAGAGGCUCCUCUGACGAACUCUGACACAGCAGUGCUGUCUGGUUCGCUCUCCACGCACAAUGGGAACGGAGGAGGCAACAUUAACAUGACCGUACGGAGGGUUAUGUCAGCCAAGGGCUGGGGAGAGUUGGAGUUGGGUGCAGGAGACAUACUCGGACCUCUCAUUGGGUUAAAGGUGUUUCGCAACAUCACUCCACGGUGUUUCUUGACAGCCCAGUGCGGUUUGCAGUUCUCCCCUCGAGGUUUGCGGCCGAGCUGCUCUCUGAUGACAGCGCGCCACCUGGACCAGAACACCAUGGGUUAUCUGCAGUGGCGCUGGGGGCCCAACAGCGCCAUGACCACCAGCCUGGUCCGAGACACAAAGAGCAGCCACUUUACUCUGGCUCUGCAGCUGGGUGUGCCUCACUCCUACCUGAUGAUGAGCUACCAGUACAAGUUCCAGGAUGAGGACCAGACCAAAGUGAAAGGCUCUGUGAAGACGGGCUGGUUUGGUACUGUGGUGGAAUAUGGAGCAGAGAGGAAGAUCAGCCGACACAGUGUCCUGUCAGCCGCUGUCAGCAUCGGGGUCCCUCAGGGAGUCACACUCAAGAUCAAGUUGGCGCGAGCCAGUCAGACGUACCUGUUCCCAGUCCACCUAACAGAUCAGCUGCUGCCCAGUGCUGUGUUCUACGCCACCGUGGGACCCCUGCUGGUCUACAUGGCCGUCCACAGACUGAUCAUCAUCCCAUAUACACAAGCACAGAAAGAGGAAGAGCUGGAGCUGCAGAGGAAGAGCUCAGCCACAGACAUCGCCAAGAAGAAGCACGAGGCAGAGUCGGCUGUUCUGCUGAUGCAGGAGUCUGUGAGGAGAAUCAUAGAAGCGGAAGAAUCCAAGAUGGGUCUGAUCAUCCUGAAUGCCUGGUACGGAAAGUUUGUGUCAGACACCAGCCAGAAGCAGGACAAAGCAAAGGUCAUUGACGUCACUGUGCCUCUGCAGUGCCUGGUCAAGGACUCCAAGCUCAUCCUCACCGAGGCCUCCAAGGCGGGGUUGCCGGGCUUCUACGACCCCUGCGUUGGAGAGGAGAAGAGUCUCAAGUUACUGUACCAGUUCAGAGGUGUCAUGCACCAAGUCAUCUCCGCAGACACUGAGUCGCUACGGAUACCCAAGCAAUCUCACAGAAUUGAGUCCGAGUCUUAGGAGCCCACCGCUGUUGUAGCACCAGAGGGCAAAAUGCAGAUAAAAACCGACUUUGUGUGAACAGAAGAACCCAAGAGCGGAGGGGACACGUCAACACUAAGUCUGCUUCUCUCCUCUGGUCCUCUUCUGUCAUGGUAUUAGUGAAUCUGUUUAUCGAGUUCCUCCACUCCUCCCUCCUCCUGUGGGCCGUCUCCGCAGUUCAGCAGAAUUCAGGAGUCAGCUCAGAGUUUCUACAAGGUGUCACCCUUUGUGUCUCCAGUCCGCUACACCUGACAGGGCUGCUCAAAUAUCUGCCUGCUGCAGGAGAUCAGACACUGGCCCUGAACAUAGUUUUUUAAAUGUACUACACAGAGGGACUGAUGGUCACCGCGGACGUGGUGACCACUCCCGUAAAUGCUGAACUAAAAGUGCACAUACAUUUAAAGAUGUUUCUUGACAUUUGUUAUGUCGGGUACAUACAAAUGAGCCGUGCUGUAAGUCUACCCCAUAUCAUUGUAGUCUUUGUCUCGUGUGUGUGUGUGUGUGUGUGUGUCAUCCUGGUAGGUUUGAAUCUUAUAAUGUUAUAACAUCUGUCUUUUCACUAACUCGUGUAAAUGUUUAGAGCAACACUAUGCAGGUCUCGGUGACCCUGACGCCGGCCAGGACUGAGGAUCGAUUGUGUAACUCUUUUUUCGUUUACUCGUUAAAACAUCUCAUCCUAAUUUAUUAUGCCUUUUGGUGACAUGUCCGCCACUCAGGUGUAAACUGGUGCUCGAGACUGCUGUCUGUGAGGGUCGGGAUGUGGAAGUUAAGGGAGGGAUUGUAAAGGGAGGGGAAGUGUGAGAUGCCCUUUGAUGGUAGUAAUCCACCCACAGAGAGACAGGCUUGAAUUCUUCAUACAGAGUUUUUAAAUAAUUCAGGCCGGACUGCAAUUUAAAGGCAGAAAUUCCACUUCAAUUGGAUAUGCGUCAGUGUUUAUCGAUUCUGUCUGUGCAGCUGCAGCCCAAACAGAUUUUCUUUUUUCACAAUGAUUUUAAUAAGCGAAGGAUAUAGUUUGUACUUCGCUGGUGUACAUCCAGCCCAUAGCCCCUGAUAACAGGAACUGCUGCUAUGGAUUUGUAAUAAUUCAGCAAAACUGGGGAUGUGAAUGAAGAAUACGGUGUGGUUGGGAUGCGGCCAGUAGAGGGUGUAGGUCAACACUCUCCCUCAUGGAGGUGUGCUGCUGAAGCAGGCAAUAACUUGUGACUGUAGCUGACCUGAGCCACACUAAAACCAUUUUACACAUUAUGGCACAUUUACACGGCUGCAUUUAUAUGUUUGUGUUUGUUCAGUGUGUGCCCCAGUCCUGUGCCAUAUAUUAGUUUUAUGCCCCCCCCCCUUUCUUUUUUUUCCUUCACAUUUUUGAUUUAUCUGCCGCCAUGUUAGUCAUGUUGAAGAUGCUAAAACCGUACUCAUAACCUGGCUGUCUUUAAGGUGAUAAUCUGAAACACUAACUGACCUCUCCUGUAGCUAUUUUCCUAUCACAGUGGGAAAUCUAAUAUCCUAUGAUGCACUUUCUGUUCAGAUACAGAUAGGUGUUGUUGCACAGAACGUUUUUAAUAUCAAAUGUACAUUACAUUACAUUCACAUUACAACUGUGAACCCGUAUGAGUGGAUUGACACUCUAACUACAAAGGGAAACACAAAAGAGUGAUAGUAAUUUAUUCUUGAUAUUGUUGGGAGAGCCUCUCAUGGGCUAUGGGGAAUAACUGAAAACACUGUCAACUACUUUAGGACACAAAUGGUACUUUAUUUAAUACUGAGGUCAUUAUUUUGCACAAGAUAUACAGUAUUUAAAACAGAGUGUAGCUGGUAGGUGAGGGAAUCACCAGAGGCCCCAUAAUACGAUAUCAUCACAGUAUUUAAGUCACUAAACAUAAUUACGAUUUAAAGUGUUUUGCAAUAUGCUGAGUAUUGUGAUAUAUUAUGAUUUAUUUCGUUUUUCCAACUGCAAAUUUUGCCCCCAAAGGAACAUUUAGUCAACAUCUGUUUUAUCUAAUAAGAUAAAGUUUUCAGUGUUUUCAUCGCAAUUCAUUUUUAUCGCAGCAAAAUGUGUCCAGAGGACUGGAAACGCAUUUUAUUAUUCUAGUAGGCUACCAGAGUUGCAUUGGCAAUAUUUACAGCUAAUUAAUAUAUAAUAAUAAAGCUGUGUAUUGAUACAAUAUUGCUGCGCAAAAUAUUGGGAUACCAUGCUGUUGAUUUCCCCCACCCAUUCUAGUCGGUGGUCCUGAAGCUUGAUAUUGAAGCUGUACACUUUUACUGAACAGAGUUUACGUCCAAGAAGUCAUGAGUUGACUCUACAUGGUGCCCUCCAUUGAUUUUCUUUCUAUUACUGUGACUGACCUGCAAGACCAGAGGGUGUGUGAAGGCUCAGAAAUAAAAACUGAGCACUGAGAUGGAUACGUUUUGGUGUUUAGUUGGAAGGAUGUCAGUUUUUGCCAUCUCCACACUGUCUUGUGUUGGGUUCACAGUAACAGCAGCCAUUUUGCACUGAUUCUGUUUGUUGUAUUUGUCUCCUCUCAUUUGUUUUGUGUAUGCAGAGUUUUUUUGACAGGUCAGCUGGUUACCUCUGCUGUAGUGCCACCAUGAGGUCAGCAGAAACUUUGCACCCUGCUGUUAAACUCCAGCCCAUCAUCCUAAUUGACCCUCAUUAGUGUGUACAUAUUCUCUAUGGCUGAGGAGCCUGUGUUCUCUGUCCUGUAAAGACUACAAUAAAUAUGAAGCAGUCACAGUCUUGUUUGA